CAAUAUAGGAACGGCUAAGGUUGUACGCUUAAAAUAUUAUUAUUAAACUGUUGCGGGUUUUAGUGACUAGUGGACGUCGUGUGUGCGCGCACAGAAUUUACGAUACGAUAUCUUAAUAAUAUAUUAAUAUCAUUACUACCUAUGAAGAUUUUGAACGAAAAAAAUAUCAUUAUUAUUGUUAUUAUUAUCUGACCACCUAUUCGUUUUUUUUUUAAUUAAAAUUAUCAUCAAGUCGAAUAGCUAUAAUAAUAAUCAUAUAUAUUUUAUAACGGCACUGUUUUUCGUAUAAAUUUACGUUUAUGUUAUAUUUUCUUCGUUAAAAAAAUAAUAAUAUUAUCACCGCGAUGAUUUUCACAACAGAAUACAACUAUGUCGCCUCCGUUCACUAUUCGUACUCGACUUAAAAACGGUAAGUACACCUAUUUAUACAACACUAGUACCUAGGUAGUAUAAAUAUACUAAAUUUUGUAAUUUUUUCUCCCUCUUGAAACGUUUCGUUGAAAUUUCAUUACGUGUUUGUUCUGUUUAUACGUGUGUAUUAUAUAUACUCCAUAUAUUAUUAACGAAAAUACAUACUUGAAUUAAUAGUAUAAAAUUUUAAAAAUGUGGCUGAUACUGCUGACAGGUAUGUCACCGUUUUAAAAAAGAAGUUUAAAGGGAGAAUAUAUAGAGUAAUUCAAUUCAUAACUGUACUCAUCGAUAAACCGUUGCCAACGAGAAACGAUUCUGAUUAUAAUAAUAUAUUAGUCGUGUUUUUCCCUUUAUUGCUCAUAAUGUAACCCAAAAAUCAACAAAAAUUGUAUACAAAUUUGCCAGUGUUUCCUAUUUGAUUAGAAAGUUACAAGGAAAAUCAAAAAAUUAUCUUCCCAAUGCAAUAACUAAAUCCAUAAUGCUACAAGAGAGUUCCUGUACAUUUUUUUAUUGGGAAGAUAAUUUUUAUAUAAAAAUAAAUAAAAAAAAUCGAUUACAGAUACAAAAAAAACAUGUCAUAGGUACCAAGUAGUACCAAUGGAUAAUUUACGCUCAUACGAUCAAAGUCUAAAAGUAAAUAAAAUAUUCCAAUUUUUUCAAACCUAUAUACAUUAAAAAAUGUGGAAUUUACACCCGUCGGUAGGUACCUAAAUUAUAUGAAAAAUGUUUUAAUACAUUCCCAACAGUUUUUUUUUUUAUAAAAGUAAAACUGAAAAUAUCAAACAACAAUACAUCAGUUUUAUUUUGGAUUUUUUUCUGGCAUACAGUUUUGUAUUAUUUUUAUAAACCAGAAGAAUAACACGACUAAUACGUCAUAACCUUACCCGUUUAUCGAGCAUCGUUCAUAAUUGUUUCUUAAUUGCAAUUAUUGAUCGUUACUUUCCGUAUAGAAACUAAAUUACCUUAAUUACCUUCCUAACUUCCCACCUACAACUCGCGGUGCACACCAUAUUUUUUAAUUAUAAUUUUUUUUAACGGUCCAGCCGAAUAACGAUUUUGUUCGAUACAUUUUCUGUUAGACGUUAAUUUAAAAUAUAUUUAGGUAGGUAAGUACAUUAAGUCGUAGAAUAUCUAAUGAUUUAUUAUUACGUAGGUAAGUUGGUAAUUAACUCGUUUAUGAUCUUAAAAUGCGUGUCGUUAUAUAUUUUAAGCCCCUAAAAUAUUAUACAGUCCAGUAAGUUAUAUUGUUUGUCUUAUUUUUAAAAUCGUAAAUUAUUAUUUUUCAUCAUCUCGUUUGUUCGAUUUAUUUCCCGGCCAGUACAACGAUUUAACGUUAUCCACACGAAAAUAUUAUUUGAUAACGAAUUAUAGUUUCAAUAAAAUUAGGUUUUACCUGUACGGAAACACGUUGAAAGUUUUCAAUUUUAAAGUAAUCGUCUUGUCCUAUCUUAUAAUAUCGUUAUAGCAAUGUUAUAUUUCUAUCCCCACGACGACGAUACAUUUUUUCUAAUGAUAGUUUCACUGAAUAUAAUAUUAUUUUAGUAUAGCGAUAAGUAUAUUUUAUACAUACGCAAAAUAUUAUGAUAGCAUUGUAAUAAUUAAUAAUUAUAAAUGGACGAAUGCAAUUAUAUUAUUAACAUUAUUACUAUAACUACGUAUUAAAAACGGUUUUUAAUUUUCCAAAGAAUAAAAAACAAUCAGCAUGAUUACAUACUAUAUUAUAAUACGGUGUAUAAUAACGCGCAGUUUAAAGGAAGUGUGUUGGUACACUGGAUCGAGUAUCCAUUCAGUUCGGUUCAAUCGCAUUAGGGUGGGCACCAACGAAUACAAAUCGCGAAAUUAUUCACCUAAAAUCACUACUAGUGAAUUGGAAUAUUAUUAUUUUUUUCAUAAAUAAGAUUUGAUGGUAUUGUUUCACCUACAAAAAAAAAUGUUUAGGUCCACCUUAAGUCUUAUAGGUAUUCGCACAAAGCCAAAAAAAUUGCAGUUACAGUCAUGGCAAUGCCUUGGAAAAGAAGCCUCUUGGAGUCAGCUAGGUGCCUCGCCACCAUCUGGAUCAUUGUAUUAUGUUCUCAUGUUUAAAUCAAACAUUAAAUAAAAAUUGUUAAAUGCAUCUAUUUUGAUAAUUAUUCCAUUUUAUUAGUUACCGUAUUAAAUUUUUUUUUAUUAUUAUAGUGUUCAUUUAGUUAUUUUGCAAACAAUCUUUUAAUGAUGUAGAGACUAGUUAUUGCAAAUAAAUGAAAACAAUUGGUGAACUCAUAACAUAUAUGCUUAAAAAUAAUUCUUCUAUUGGUUAUUCUGAAGUACUGGGAGCUUGUUUGUUAUUCAUAAUAUUACCUGCAGUUACAGUUGACCCUGCAGAAAGAUCUUUCUUCAAGUUAAAAAACUCAUAAAGAAUUUCUUAAGAAAUUCGAUGGCUCAAAAUUGUCUGACUAAUAUAAUUUUAUACUAAACAAUAAGCAUUGAACAACCCCGAACCUACAUUAUAUACAUUAUAUAUAUAUAUAUAUAUUUUAUGCCAAUAUCAAGUAGGUACGAUAAACUAAUAUUUUAUUAAUCAUCAUUAUUUUUAUUUUUUUGUUACAACUUUUUUAUAAUUUUGAAUAAGGUAAACUUUUUUUUUAUAUAUUUAUAUGUUUAAAUUAGUGAUGGGAAUCCGAAAAUCCGAAUUUUUCAAAAAAACGCUUUAACACUUAAAUAAUUUUUAAGUGGCUUAAAUUACUGUUUUGUGAAAAUCUGGAUUUUUGGAUUCCCAUCACUAGUUUAAAUAUAUCUGAUCUUUACAUUUUGCAAUAAUUUUAUUAUUACUAUAUUUUAACAAAUACUAUGUCUAUAAUAAUAUAUAUUCCUACGCGCUAGAUUUUAAAUAUUAGAACGGAUGCUUAAAUGUCAUGAAUUUCAACACCUUUUCUAUCCCUGAAAAAAAAAUUAGUAUGCUCCACAUGUAAAUACUUAUAGAUAUUCUUUGUAACGAUACUUUAAACUUAUGUGCAAGAUAUUAUUAUCAUCUGCAAUAAAAACUGUGGUAUCUGUAACCACAGAAUAGAUUACAUAUUUUGAAGGAUAAAAAAUUUAAUAAUAACAAUAGUUAAUUUAUUUUACAACCAUAUUCUAAAUAAUCAGGUCUAAUAUCGAACGGGUGCUUUUCCUCCCAAACAUUUUCUCACUGGUAUUCAAAUCUUCAGGCAUCCAUGUACAUGAUAGGUAUGGAACGUAUGCAACUUGAUAAUACAAAAAAAAAAGCUAUUUAAAUUUUAAUAACAACACACUGGAUGAUAUCUAUAUAUCUUAUAUACAAUAUAUCUUCGUAAUGAUUUAUGAAUUGUGGGCCUAAAUUGUGAAAAAAUAUUACGAACAUAAGCCUUAGGGCCCCUUAAAUUGAUUGUGACUGAAUAUCAAAAAUAAAAUGAAGGAAUACAUAGAAAAAAAAAUUAUACAAAUUGGUCAUUUUACAUAGAAUAUAGGAAUAAUUUAUUUUAAUAGGAGAGAUUAUUUAAAAUUAGUUAUCAUUAGACAUAAAUGUUUACGUAUGUUGAGAAAUAUAAAUUAUUUGAUUAUAAUUUAUUAUUUAAAACGUAUUGACAUAAUAUAUUAUUUUUAUAACACAUUUCUGAAAUAAAAUUUUAAAAAACUUAUUCAAAUUUGGCUAAACAUGUUUUAGAAAAUAACUAUAGUAUAAGUUUUGAUAUUAAUACAGACUUAGAAUAAUUAAAUACCUAAAAUAACAUUUACAUUAAUUCAUUUUUAGAAGAAUAACACAUACACAAUAAACUAAAGAAAAAUAAUUUUAAUAAUAUUUUAAAUGUACAAAUUGAUUUUAAAAAUAAUAUCUUAUGUCAAUACGUUUUGAAUAAUAAAUUAUAAUCAAAUAAUUUAUAUUUCUUAACAUAUCUAUGUAUAUCUAAUAAUAACACAUUUUGAAUAAUCUCUCCUAUUAAAAUAAAUUAUUUCUCCGUAAAACGUCCAAUUUGUAUAAUUUUUUUUUUCUAAGUAUUCCUUCAUUUUAUUUUUUAUAUUCAGUCACGUUUUACAUUUUAACUGUAAUAUUUGAUGAUGAAUUUUUAAUUCGAAACCAGUUGUAUAAUACACUUAUCAUAAUACUCCAGGCUACGCAUUCAUUAAUUAAUUUAUUUUAUUUUUAUGUAUACUUUUUAAUUUAUAUAUUUAUUUACUUUAUUUAUUUCCAAAUAUUAAGCAUUUUAAUAAUUUUGUUUUUACUUUAUUAUUUCAUUAUUUAAUAUAUUUUAACACGAAUUGCUAAACUUCACUUAAUGUUAACUUAUCAUUAAAUUAAUAUGAUAUUUCGAUUGUGUUGCACCAUCGAUUUUUAAAAAUACCUACUAAAGUGAAGAAUACUUAAAUUAGUUUUUGAUGUUUUGCUUCAAACUUCAAACAAUUUUAACAAUUUUGAGGUUAAAAACUAAUGAUUUUCAUAAUUUUCAACAACAACUAUAAACUGGACUAAAAAUAAUCUAUUACUAUAUCUAUUCUAUAAUAUCAUGACUGUUGGCUUCAAGUAUGGGCAUCGAGUCAGGCAUCUAAUAUACAGUAUAUAUGUGGUUUUGACAGAGAAGUACACAGAAUAGCGGCCGACCAAUCAAAAGAUUGAAGAUUAAAAGAAGAAAAGAAAAAAUAAUUUAACUGAAACAAACGAAUCCAGUGUUGUCGAUCCUUAACUAUAAUAUUAAAAUACAUUAUAAAAAAAAAAAAACUCGAGUGGUUUAAAUAUACGAAUAUUAUAUUAUUAACUAUAAUAAUAUGUUACAUUGGCUGUAUCAAAAUCAAUCGUUUCUUAAUGUUCGUUACAAAUAAGUACAAAAACAUUACCUAUACGUUAAAAAAACACAUUAUUAUAAGAAACGAUUGAAUAUAUUAUUACGUUUUAUAGGUAAGCUACAGAGUAAUUUUUUUCAUCGCGAUCCAACGAUCUAUAUACGCAGAUUUGUUUUAAUUUUUUAAAUGCCCUAGGGUUCUAUUAUUCAAACGACAGGUCAUACGCAGAUUUUGAAUACAAUUAUUAAUUUUGAAAUUAUUAUAAAUUAUUAAUUUUAGAUUCUGAGCGAAGAAAUUUUUUUUAUUUUUUGACUUUCCCAAGAGUUUUUAUAAUAAAUGGAAAAAACGUAGAAAAAUCAGGAAAAUUUACGAAAUGUAUUAUUAUCAAAUCGUAAAUAUUACGGUCUUUAAAAACAUGUAUAUAACCGAAAUACACUCAGAAUCGUUUUUCGUUAGCAAUUAAUUAUUGUGUGGCAGAUAUAUAUUAAAUGUCUCCUCUACAUUCCCAACUUUUCACCUACAACAGUGACCCAUCCCGUCGUGCGAAUUUUGUCAAUUUGUUUUUUGGUCUUAUAUUUUAUAUUUAUAAUACUUUCAAUAUUUCACUAUAUUCUGUUCAUCAUAAAAACAUAUUGAAUUUUGAGUUUUCAAUAGGAACCCCUUUUUUCAACCCAGACUCGAAAAUAGAAUAUUUUUCUUAAAAAAUAAAUAUAUGAAUCAUUGAGUCUUAACAGUUUAUAAAUUUAAACUUGAAUCGAGUUCAGAAGAAUUUUAUCGUCUCAAAAUACAUAUGCAAUGUAUAUUACCCGUCCCUAUUACUCUUCUUCGGUUUACAUUGUAACUUUUAUAACUCAUAAACAGUAAAAUUGAUAUAUUAUUGUAAUGCAUAAAUAUCAACAAUUUAAAAAAAAAUGUAAUUUAUUUCUUUUUUAAGCCGCAAUAUUUAAUAGGGGUGUUUAAAAGAAAUUUAACCGUGGGUUCGAUAGGUAGUAGAGAAAAUGAGAGAAAAUAGACCAAGAUGGUUUUGAUAUAUCAUGAGGAAAAGGAAUCUGAAGCAAUAAGAAUUGUAAUGGAAAUAAACGUAAUAGGAAAGUAGGGGACAAAGGAAAACCGAAAAGAGGUAGUUGAGAAUAAUAUGAAGACAGUCGGUGUAUGUGAGGUAAGACGAUAGGGUUAAAUAUGAAAGCGUAGUAGAAAAAGAAGAGUGUUUAAUAGAGCGGUCCGUUUUUAACGAAAAGUUAACUCACUCAUUCAAUGUACCUAUAUAAGGGAUAAAAUAUUGAAAAUAAUGUUAAAAUAAAUAUCAAUAAUUUUAUAAUAAAUAAUGAUUUGAAUAUUCUACAGAAAUCAUAUUUACUAAAUCCUCCAGGAAAAUUGAUGGUUCGUGAUUUAAAAAAAAAAAAAACACUAUUUCUCUGUAUUAUUAGGUCACUGUAUAAAAAAAAAAUUGCUGCAGUGCGUGUUUAUUAUGUAUAAUCAUUUUUAAGUAGGUAUACACGUUUCGAAAACAAGGAAUUUGAAUUCGGUUUAAUAAACACACUAACACAAAUAAUAAUUAUAUUUUAUAUAUUAUUAUUAUAUUACAUCGCGACCGGAUUUUAAUUGACUUAAUAUGUCGAAAUCCAUUCGGUCAUCAUUCGUUAUACAAAAAUAAUUUAUAAUUAGGGCCAGGAUUAAAAUGUCCUAAAAACUAUCGAAAAUGCUCUAAAUAACAGCCAAAAGUGCCGUAAAAAAAUAUACUAUUAGCGAAAUAAUACCCUUAGAAAGUGUUCUGAAAAUGGAAAAACAGAGAAAAAUUAAAAUUAAAAGUUUCACUUUUAUUGAUGUUAUUCGUUUAUAUAAAUUAUAUACAGCGACGAUACUUUAAUACGAUGUUAUUAUAUCUAUAAUAACAAAGUAUUUAUAAUGUAUACGCUAAGAAUAAAAAAAAUUAAAGACGGACAUACCUUGCACGAUUGGUGGGCCACUGUUGUAGGUGAGAAGUUGGGAAGGUAGAAUAUAAAGGGGAAUUGAAUGUAUAUUUGUACGCACGCAACGAUGAAUAUUUGCUAAUGAAAAACGACUCUGAGCGGAUUUCGGUUAUACAUGUUUAAAAAACCGUAAUAUUUACAAUUUUCGUCUAAAAUUUGAAAUUAAAUUAGAUUCAAUUUUAAUUCGUAUAAAAAAACAAAAUAUUACAUUAAACUCAACUUUUUCUUGUUGAUCACUAAGUAAAACUUAUAAUAAACCACAUGUUAUUUCUGUUUGGUCUUACAAUUUUAUCCACAGAGUACCUACCGAAUAAAUAUUACGUAAAAAACUCGCAAUAUUAAAAUAUCUGAUUGUUUAAAAAUGGCUCAAAUUUUCCAUUUCACCAAGUCUAUAAAAGGCAAAUAUAAGGUUUCUGUCAAAAUGUUAAAUCUCCACGAAUAUUUUUUACUAAAAUACACAAAAAAAAAAAACAAAAUUGAAAAUAAUAAAAGAAUUAUUUCCGUAAAUUUUCUCAUUUUUCCUUCGUUUUUUCCUGUUUAUUGGAAAAACUCCCGGGAAAACCAAAAAAUAACCUCCUUAAAGCACCACCCCAGGAAAAUUACCUUUCUGAAAACGUGCUAUACGAAGCAAGUUUUCUGGUAAAAUUUUCGUACACAACAUAAAAAAAAUAAUAACAAUAAACAUCAUUGUAAUUCCCCGUUCCUCUCUGAAUUUAAAACGCCGGAUACUAAUCAUGGGUGGGCCGCUGUUGUAUAUGGGAAGUGGAAAUGGUAAGAUAAUAUACGUGACUACGUGACUGCUAUACGUGAGUAUUUUAAUAUUACCAAGAGAAAAAUGUAUGAUUAAUCCUGUAUCGAGUUUUUGAGAAACUAACAAAACUGAAGACAAAACCACUAAAAUUUCAAAUAGCUAUAAAUAACUAAAAUAAACUCCAGAAUGUUUGAAUAAUAAUACUACGUCUAGAAAAUGUUAAUAUAAAGAUUCGAAAACUCGUUAACGAACUGAAUAAAAAUACAUAAAAUGAAAAAAAAACGGACAUACUUCGCACGAUGGAUGGGCCACUGUUGUAGGCGAGAAAUUAAAAAGAUAGGAUAAAGAGGGAAAUGUAAAUUAUAUCUGUACGCUACGAUAAACGGUUGCUAACGAAAAAUGAUUCGAGCGAAUACGCGUACGUAAUGUUUUCAGUUUUUCCCAAUUAUUAUGGAAACCGCUUUGAAAAUCAAAAAAUAAUGACUUCCUUAAAGUACCACCCAGAUAAAAUUUCCUUUCAGAAGAGGUACUACACUUGAAAACGGAGCAAGUUUUCUGGUAGAAAAGCCGUUCGCAGAUAAAACAAAAUGAACAUCGUUGUAGAAACCAAUAAAUUUCUCGCAACACGUUCUAAAAGCGCAAAUCAUAGCAUUAUUGUUGUUAUUACAGUAAUAAGACCCCGUAGACCUAAUGGAAAUCAAAAAGUCACCCGAAAGUAGUGCGGUCCGGGUGCGUGUGGGAGGCGGAAGGAGGGGUUCGCGCGAGGUCAUCGUCUCAAAAGCAUCGCACGCCGUCGCCGUGUCAAUGAAAGUCUGCGGUUUUUAUACUAUUAUAUUGUUAUCAUUAUCAUUGUAUCGUUAGCCCGCCGUCUGUGCAGCUCAUUGCUUUGUUAUUGUUCGGUUGAUUUUUUUUUUUUUUUUGUUCCUUCUUCGCGGGCCCGGUCCCCGGUCGUCGUGACUGCGUACUGAAAAAGUCAAGGACGCGCGGCGAUACGCGCGCGUUUCGCAAGCAGAACGCGGCACGCGUGAUUCGGAUUUUAAAACCGUGGCGGCGACGAUUUCAAUCUAGAAAAUACCAUCGUUACUGUCGUCGGCCGUUAGUAGUGGUUGUUUACGUCAAUCGCGAUCGGGCUUUUCACGGUCGUUACGAUAAUAACGACGCGUACGCGUCUACCGAUGCCCGCGCGUCCGCACCGCAACAAUGCCAUUAUAUCAUUAUUAUCGCGUACCGAGGCGGAUAUAUCGCGCGGUGCGCGAUAAGAGACGCUCGUGCGGCGUAACCGGCGCGUCACAAUAAAAAUAUUAAUAAUUCAAUAAUAAUACAACGCGAUUGUAAUAGUACCAUUACUAUCGUUGUUGCGAUAUUGCAAUACGGCUGGAAGAGAGAAACGUUCGGAAUAACGAUAUUGUAGCGGUCGCCGGCGCGUACUAUUUCAGCCGCCGUCGCGUACCAUUACUUUAUCGCGCGUAGAGAUUGCGGGUAUUACGCGCAGAUGGCUAUGUGUUCAAUUUACGCGACCGCGUUGUUAUUAUUCCGCGGCCGGGUAUGUGUGCGUGCGCGCGUUACGCGGUUCGUACGGUAAUAAAAUACUCGACGAACAACAAUAUAAUCACUAUUAUUAUUAGGUAUAAUUAAUAAUAUUGUCGGUUAUUGUUACGGUACUUGCGUUGCGUAUUGUUGUGGCAGAAAAAAAAAAAAAAAACGGAUCCGGGUAUUAUUGUCGCGCGGGCUACGGCCGUUGCGCGCGGUCCGCCUCCUUUAGACACCGAUCAGAGAUUUUCAAUCGUGAAAACAACAAAAAGAUACGCAUCGAUACGUGUUUACGAGCGUCCGAUGAGGUUUCGUAUACGCGAACAGCUGUGUACACGCACUGCACGUAAAGCGGCCACGGUCUGAUGCAGCGGCCGUCACUAGAAUUUCGGAUCGAUAUUAAUUUUGAAAAUUAUUCGCGGGCCGCGGGCGCUUUUUUUCACGUAAACUUUUCCCGAAAAAAAAAAAUCCUUUCCAAAUUCGAGUGUAGCGAGAUAUGUCUGUUUAUUUGUUAUUUUUCCUAUACUACGUCUCCUUUACCAUAAAUCCUGUUCCGAUCAAAAAAUGACGAGAGACGUAUUUUUCGAUUGCAUUUCGGAUUUAAAUUGGUGCGCUGGUUUAUCGUUGGGUACGGACGUAAAUUAAAUUAAUCUCUGCAUACAUACAAAAUAUAUCAUUUUUUUAAUCUCUUCAUACUUCCCAACUAAAACAGAGUCGCGCCCAUCACAGCAGUAUCACAUUUUUUUUAUUUUUUUGUAUUCGAAUAGGACUUUUUAAAAUACAUUUUGACAAAAUAUUAUUCGAAUACCUAUAUACGCACGUAUUCCGUACAUAGUAUUCGAUUCGAUUACAGCUACCACCGAGGAUUACGUUACUAUUAUGAACGUAAAUAUUGUUAUCGCCGUAAAAAAAAAAAGUUAUUCUGUUCGUUGCAGGUAUUGUACCUAGCUAUUGUACCAGAUAGCAAAUCCGUGGUUUUUGGAGAAACGGAUGGCCAGUUACGUCUGGACGUUUCAGCACGGUGCAGUCCACCAGCAAGCGUGAUGCCCAUCAGCGGCAACACGUUGGCCAAAUACUUGGUCAUGGUGUCGCAGGUGAUCGCUUGGUGUACGGUGAGCGCGAUGCUACUGCGACGCGGCCUAAACCAGGUAAACGCCGUCGGAAAUACCGAGACGACAACGCAACGGCCCGCGGCGCCGUUGUACGUCAACGAGACGCACAACGACGACGAUCCGGUGGCGGUGAUGGCGGCCACAGCCGAGACCGUACUCAGGAACGGACUCGAUAACGAGACCGCGGGCGUGCACCGUGCCGCGGGGCCGACGGCAAGAACGCUGGAAAACAGUGGUACGCCCGCCGUGGUGGCCGGCAUCAUAAUGAUCACGAUCGCGGUCAUCAUGUUGAUCAUCAGCCCCACCAUCAUGCUAAUGAAGAUGAUCGAGAAACGAAACAAAAGGAUAUUGGAUGCGGUAAGAGCGCGCCGAAUCACAAAAUAUUAGACGUGUUUCGGCGAUGCAGUUUUCGGUAAACAGUUUGCUGCAUUGGUUGCUGUUGUCGCGACAUCGCUAAAAAAGUUUGUUUGCCAAUUGAUAACCAGUAACCGAAGACAGUAAACAUAGGUUUUAAUUGUUUGCCAAUUCCGGCGACCCGUGGGUUGCCGAAAAGUGCAUUCAAGUAUCAAACAAUUGCAGUAAACAAUAUCGCCAAACAGUUUGUCGCUAGAGUAGUAACCAAAUUGCUGAAAACUGCGUCGCCGAAACAAGUAUUUUAUAAAAUUAUAAUGCACAAUUGGCAAAAGUAAAGCUAAGUAUAAAUUUAAAAUAUAUGUAUUAAAUUUGAUUUUUUUUUUUUUAAUUGAACUUAUUUUUUCCUUCUAAACACCAUGAUACAAUCAAAAUUAUUACCUUUCAGUUAAAGUAAUUAAUGAAGUAUGAUACUAAAAUUCCUUAAAAAAGAAAUCAAUUAAUACAUAUUUUUUUUAAAUUACACUUAGCUCUAAGUUUAACCACAUUUUGAUUUAAAAUACAAAUUAAUACAUGAAAAUGGCUUGAAAAAAAAUCGAUAAAUCUGAAAAUGAGGGUCGCCGCCUAAAAAAGUGAAGUUUUGUUGUACAUGCGCAAAAUACAAGAGUUAAACAAAUUGUAAGUCGUAAGAAUUUAAGAUCCAUUAGUCCAGUUUCCUCCCCUCCCCCGAACUAUACCAUGUAUUUUCGUUGAUUAGAAUUUAAAAAAUAAAUACGUACGUUAGUCAAGAUGAAUUUCAGAAAUAUUAUGGUUUUAGAUUUGGAACGUAGCGGGGAUCUAUUGGUUUUACUAUGUUUUUUUAUAGUUUUUCUUUUUUGUGUCUGUGAACAAUUUUUCUACCGGAAAUCUUUAUUCGAUGAGUGCAGCACUUUUCCUGAAAAAUAAUUUUGUCCUGUUGGUGCAAUAAGGAAGUAAUUUUUUUGAUUUUCCAAGGUUUUGUCAGAAUAAUUAAGAAAAAUCAAAAUUAAAAUUGAUUAAUAUUUACGGUUUUUAUAAUCCCUUUAAACACCACGCAAAGUAAAUAAAUCUAAAAUAAUAUUUAAUUCUUUAAAUAUAUAGAAGAGCUUUCUUAAUCUUUUUAUAUUUAAAUUAAUUUGUGUUUUCCAUUUCAUAUCCUCAUCAAAGUAAACACCUACAUACUUAACAUUAAUUACACGAGUUAGUUUAAAUAAUUAAAAUCAUAACUCCUAUUUUCCAAACAAGCAAGUUAGUGGUUUUCUAAGAUAUUUAUUGGUGACAUUGAGACCUUGGAUAAUGCAAAAACCAUAGAAACUGUUAAAUUUAAUAAAAUCGCAUUUUGCCCCUGAUUCGAGAUCAUGAAUAUUUUUCGCCUUUAAUAACAGAGCAAUAUCCAUAUUUUCUCUGAAACCAUAUUGGUUACGGUUAAUACAAUUUGUUGACGUUAAAAAAUACUGCAACUGCUCUUUACCAAGUAUCUCAAAUAUUUUACUAAUAUUUGAUAUUAAAGCUAUAGGGCGAUGAUAAGAAAUAUUAGUUACAUCAUUUGAUUUAAAGAUAGGGACAACUACAGAUUGUUUAUAUACUUUUGGAAAAAUUCGUAUUUUAAAACUGAAUUAUGUAAUAUAUAUAUGAAUAUAAAAUUAGAUAUGUAAAAAGUUUGAUAAUAGUAGGAGUAAUUUUUUUUAGUAAUUCAAAAGUUAUCAUAUCGAAGCCAGGAGAUGUAUUAUUUUUUGGAAUUAAAAUUAUUUCAUAGACUUCUGUUUCUGAGAACUCUUUAAAAAAUAUAACAUCAUUAAAAUAGGAGUUUAUGAGUAUUAUUGUAGUCAUUAUAGUUAUCAUUAUUAGAACAUUUAUUUUUAAUGGAUAAGGCUAUAUUAGGGCCAAUCUAUCAGAAAAAAUCAUUAAAAAUAUGAGCGCAUAAGAGUAGUUCUUUUACUAGAUUGAUCUUUUAAUUUCAUAUUGUAAAUAAUUACUUAAAAUAGUAUUCUUUUUCUUUCUAUCAAAAAUAUCAUCAGUAAUAUAUGUUUAGUAUUUUUAAUAUUAAUAGUAUUAAUUAUAUUUGUAUAAUAUAAGUUCUUAACUAGUCGAGUUAAUGUACAUAAUUUAUUUGUGUACAUUUUGAAAUAUUUAACUAUAUUAGAAUCUUUUUAGCUUUUAAAUGUAAUUUAUCUCUUUUUUUUCAAUAGAAAUUAAAAGGUAAAAUGUAAUCCGGGGUUUUAAUUUGUAUUCCUUUGCGCAAGUAAAUUUAUGUUGAGUAUAUAGUGUUAAUUCAGCAAUAGAACUCAUAAAAGUAUUAUGAAAGUUAUUUGCGCAAUUAUUGACAUUUUUACCGAUAUUGAUAGUACUUUUUCUGAAAAAAAAUUUGACUGGAAUGGUACUUUAGAGACGUUAUAUUUUUAUUGUCUCAGGAGUUUUCCCAAUAAAUGGGAAAACCCGGAAAAACAUGGGAUAAACGGGAAAAUAGAUAGGAUAUUAAACACACAUUAUAUAAGAAAAUGUUUAAUGCAUAUGUAAUUAUUUUACCUUAAUGUAAUAAACAUAUUGUGGACAAAGCAACACUAUCAACCGAAUUCUACCCAGAAUUGUUUUUCAUUAGCAAUGGUUAAUCGUUGCAUACAGAUAUACAUUAAAUAUUGUCUAGAUAGUACUUUAUAGGUCAUUUUUUGGUUUUCCAAGCGGUUUUCAUAAUAUCUGAGAAAAUCUGGCAGAAAACGUAAGAUAAUGCUUUUUAUUAUUUUCAAUUGUGUUAUUUGUUUUAAUUUAGUUAAAAACAUUCGUAGACUUGAAAUAUAGGCCGAAAACUUAUAUUUUCCUAUUUUUACGAGGUAAAACUGUAAAAACAUUUGAGCCAUAUUUAAGCUAUUUAUAGACACUUUAAUUUUGUGAGUUAUUUUUAUUUAGUAGGUACUCUAUGGAUAAAAUUGUUAGACAAAACAGAAAUGUUUGAACAUUAAACAGGCGUUUAAUUAUAAGUCGUACUUUGCGGUCAAAACAAAAAAAUGUAAUUUAAUGUAAUAUAUUUUUUUUCAUAAGAAUUUUAAUAUCAUAUUUGGACGUAAAUUGUUUUCGUAAAAAAUUAUGUGGAACAAAUCGAGUUACUGGUUCAUGCAAAUUGUUUCAAUAUAAUAUUUAAUUUCUGAAAUAUGACAUAUAUAUUGUUAAAAAAGCAAUACUAUUAACCGAGCUCUGCUCAACAUUUUUUUGCGGUAGCAAUGAUUAGUUUUUGCUUACAGAUAUAUAUUAAAUUUCCCUCUUUAUCCUACCUUCCCAAUUUCUCCCAACUUCUUAUCUACACCAGUGGUCCAACCCACCAGGCAAAGUAUGUCCGUCUAUUUUCUUAUCAAUCAUUAAUAUUAAAUUUCAUUAUUUCGCAUAAGGUCUGAAGAUGCCCCUGCUUAUAAUCUAUAUUCUAUAACGUCAUUAUCUUUUAUAAUUUUCGCAAUUUUUCAAACCAUUCACAUUUUAUUUUAUGAAUAUUUAUAUUCGUUUAUUAUGGAAAAGUUGCCCCGUCUAUAUGGCCGUGAGUUUCUCAAACUAUAUAUUCACUCAUCCUUUUAAGACCAUAAUAUAUAAUAAUAUCUACUAAUCAAAAAAUUGUUAACGAGUUUACAAUUAUUUAUCAAUUAGGUACCACUAAGUAUCAGUUAUUCGUGAUAUAAAUAAAGUAAAAUAAAGCAUUAAUACAACAAUAGUGACCUAUUGUUAUAUUAUUAUUGUUUUAUUUUAUAACUGUUAUUUGGCACAAAAAAACGAAUAAGGUCAUAGGGGAGGAUCUACCCCCAUAGCGCCCUCCCCCAUAAAAUAUAUGUCGCAGUUAAAACAAUUCAAAAUCAAUCUAUAUCUAAUUACUAAUGGAUUUAUAAUCACUAGUAAGUCAUUCUGUAUAUGACAAAAAAAUUAUGACUAUUGUUUCUACAAACUACUCUUUAAAUUUGUUUUGGCUUGUAUAGUAGUCGGAUAUACAGGGUGACCAACAUAACCUAAGACAGGGAUGGAUCCAGGGGGGCCUAGGGGCCCAGGUCCUACCCUCUAGACAUAUUAUUUCUCAGAUUUUUGUAUGAGAAUUGUAUGAGAAAAUAAUAUACGUAAUGUAUUAUAUUAUAUUUUAAUUGCGUUUGUGUUGUAAACAAAUAGUUGCCUCCCCUUAAAUCUUUGCUCUGAAUCCGUGCCUGACCUAAGACACGCAUUAUCUCGAAAAGCAUUUAAUUUUUUUUCGGAAUUUAUAUUUUAGAUAAUUAAAGAAACAAUAAGCAGAUCUAAAAUGUUACAAUACCAUUACUUGUGGGUGAAUUUCUACCAAUUUCAAUUUGCAAAAAGCAAUUUGUAUUUUAAAAUUGUAUAUGAAGUUUUAGUUUGAAAAAAUGUUAGUGAUGAAAUUUUUAAUUUCCAUCAAAUCCUUUUACGAGUUAUUCCAAAAUUAAUUUUGAACGGGGGGGAACAUCGGAGCACUAUUGAUAAUGAGUGUCUUAUCGAGGACUGAUCACCGUGUAUAAAAUCGGUGAUCCAAACGCAUAAUGGGUACGCAUUUGCGUUUGUUUAAGGAUCAUUCACGCGGUUCACCCGUCACAAUUCCGUUUUUUCAACUGUUGGAAAAAAAAAUGCAAAAUCAAGCGACUUUAUUCAAAAAACGUAUCGUAUGCGAAUACCGCGGCGUCAAUAAUGGAGAACGUAUGCAACGGGCCGUUUUGAUUUUGUUACAAUGAAUAAUUUUAUAAUAAUUUAACAAUUCUAUUGUCGGGUAGGUACUCACCGUCACCAAAUACGUAUUAUAUUUUCAUAUGGCAAGGUCGCCGCUAACGAAUAACGACGCAUCAGCUGCUUUCUAGACGGAUGAAUAUCGCGACCGCAAUCACAAUUUAGUUCGAUAUGCGAUUGAUUAGUCAUCUGGUGUUUACCGUAAACGAAAAUAAAACUAGCGACAAUUAUUAAUAUAAAAAAAAAAAAAAAAACGAAAGAAAACUCAAUGCCAAAACGUCCGUAACUAUAAUGAUCGUAGGCGUGCGCAAAACUAUUGUACACAUUUUUCGUUUUGUUCGUACUCAAUUUAGGUAACGGUUUUUCUAUGGCGAUACCAGAGAUUAGGAAUAGAAUAGGAUCAAAGCGAUGGUACGGUAACAGUACGUUUCUACCAAAUUACAGUGAUUCAAGUUUUCAAUUGUUCACAUUUGCCUGCAGUCUUGUUGAAUAUUGAUGUUUGUAAUUGCGUUGGAUUUUAUUAAAUAUUUCGUUCAACUAAAUAAAGUUGAGUGUAAACGUUUUAAUGUUACGUUUCAGCGCAAAUCGCCUUAUCAAGAUAGAGUUGCCAAUGAAAUCACAGAAUAUGUUUGUGUAACGUGUUGUAUGGAAGGGCAGUUGUCUAAUGGAAAAGCAUAAUUACUUGUUAAGAGAAAGUGGGAAAACCGAGAUUUUAGAAAUACAGAUAUAGUAAAAGCUGUACCCGUGAGCACGACUAUACUGCCACUGUUAUAGGUGGAAAGUUGGUAAGGUAUAGGGUGACCAGACGUUCUCUUUUUAUGGAUACCCUCGUUCGUCCGGGAUUUGUUUGAAAAAUAUCAAAAUUACCUUUUUUUACACGUAGUUUGUUUUUCUAUAUUAUAGGUUCACCUUGCUAAGGUAGGUAAGUAAAUAAAUUCUGAUGAUUAUGGGUGAUAAUGCGAUAUUGUGAUAAAAUAUAUCUAUGGAUUGAUAAGAACUUUGUUUAUUAUUAUUAUUAUAACCAUUCAAACAUAGAAUAUUUAUGGACUAUAAAAAACAUAAGAUCUUAUAACACAAAGAUAUAAGAUGUUUUUAUAAAAAGUAAAAUUAUAUAAGUAUAUAUAUUAAUUAUUAAUAUGGUACUAAUAAUUUAUACAUAUAAUUAUAUAACUUUAUAUAAGUAAACUUUUUAUAUAAAGUAUUUGUCAAUACUUUUCUAUGAUAUAAUAUAACCAUGUUUAUAGUACUUUAAGCGUUUAUCACACAGAUAAAAUGAACCGCGAUGAUAUACUGCCAAUAGAUAUAUUACAUAGUAGUUACUAGUUGGCAAGGUAAACCUUAGUAGGUAGUUAGACUUUUUAUGCUGAUAUGUUACCUAUUGUGUUUUAAUCAGCAAACUGAGUGUAAUAACUAAUAGUGUAAAAUCCACGGAUGCUUUGUAUAUUAGUAAUAAUUUUAGUGAACCCUAAAAUACAAUAUGAACAGUUAGGGGAAUACGGGGCAAGACCGAUUAGUUAAGCAAAUAUCUUUGUAUUAAACAAGCUAAUUGAAAUAGUUCGGUUUUCAUUAUAUGAUUACACCAUGUAUCUAAUUAUAUUUUAUAGCAAAAUUAUUUUUUUAUCAACAUUUUUAUUUUUUCGACACGCUUUUAAAAAUGUCUAAAAUCGUAUUCAAUAUGGGACAAAAACGAUUUGGUAUAAUAAUAUUAAGUCUGGACAAAAAUAAAUUGUUUACAACUAAUUGCACAUCUCAAACAUUUUUAAUUAUUAUAAAUUAUUAAAAACAAAACAAUUUGCACUUAAAUAACGACAUUGUCCAAUUUAAUACUAACCAUUUUACUUAUUUAACAUAUGGAUGUACCUGAAUUAAUAAUAAGACAAAUUAAAACAAUCUUAAAAAUUAAACUUUAAAAUAAACAAUACUCUUUUGUUCAGUCUUUUAGUAAUUUUAAUUUUAAAUUUAAUAACAAUUUUCGGAAAUGAAGGUUUGGUCAAUAUUUUCCUUUUUCCCCACAGCAAGACAAGUGUGCCCACUGAGUACUCAUUUGCGGCACAUGAAAUACUUUUCUUUUGUUCAAUAACCGCUUUUAUAGCACAUUUCACGUUUUCUUCGGGCCAUUUUUAUCUCGUUGAUUUCCGUUUAUAAUUUCAUACCAUUCUAAAAUAGAAUAAACUAAUAUGUUUUAAUUAAAUAAGAUUUUUCAUGGAAAACACAUAUAGAACUAAAUGGGACAAACCCGAUCAUGUUAUCGGAAUUGCCCCGUUGGAUUUGUCUCUGUCGAUCAAUAUCUAUAAAUAAUUUAAUAACAUCAUAAACGUUAUAGGUAUCAGGAUAAAAAUUAUUGGAAACAAAACGUCAUUAAUAUACAUAUCCAUUGAAAUAAAUGCGAUUGUUAACUAAGUAAAAUGUAUAACUUCAUAAAAAAAACCUUAAAACGUAAAAUAUUCUAAUGAUUAUCUGAAAAAUCAACUUUCUGCAAUAAUUCUUUGAAUAAACAAAAUUUGUUGACGCAUAUGGUGUUUUAUCGGAGGCAGAAUUGUGACUAAUAAGAUACAUGUGUUUAAAAUCACUUAUUAUUUUUAGAUCGCACGUAAUCUCGAGUAUCAGUUUUGCCCCGUGUUUCAUUGAAACUCAAAAAUUGAACUCAAAGAUUAUUUUAAAAAAAGUUCUCCACAGUAUCUAACUAAUACAUUUUUAUACCACUAAGUGCAACUUAUGAUGAAAGUCGUGCAAAAUGUCCAAAAAUUUCAGCUCGGCUAAAACAAUUUUAUCGGCGUAAAACCAAAUAAAUUCUGAAAAACAAACGCGAAAAUGUUACAUAUCUAUAAAUAGCUCAAAUCAUCAUAAUAUUUUGAUAAUUUUACUGCGCCUGAAGAAGGUCUAAUAUAAGUAUUAUGUAAAAAUUUCAAGUCUCUAUAAUUAUUUUUAACAAAAUAUUUAAAUAAAUUUAAAACAAAAUCGUUUGUUCCGUAAACUUUCCUGUUUUUCCCUAUUAUAGAGAAAACUAAAUAAAAAAAAGACGUACGAUCAUGGUGGGUCACUGUUGUAGGUGAGAAGUAGGGAAAGUAGGAUAUUUAGAAGAAUUUAACGUACAUCUGUACACAAAGGUUAAUCAUUGUUAAUGAAAAACUGUUCUGAAUGUAGUUUGAUUAUACAUGUUUUGAAAGGCCGUAUAAUAGUUAUUUAUGAUUUUUGUCAAAAUUUGAUAAUUUCAAAUUCUUAUACAAAAAUUCUACAUUACUAUCAAUUUUUUUUUUUUACCACUUAGUAUUACUUAUAAUGAACCUCUUUUUAAAUCUUAAAGCAUUAUUGUUUAACAAUUAUUUAUUCAACUUAGUACCUACCGAAUUAAAGUUACGUACAAAACUCUUAAAAUUAAAAUUUCUAUUAACAGUUCAAAAAUAGCUAAAAUGUUUUGAAAAUUUUACCAUGUCUAGAAAAACCAAAUAUGUUUUCUGUCUAAAUUUAAAGUUUCUACGAAUAUUUUUAACUGAAUCACACAAAUUGAAAAUAAUACAUUUCGUACAUUUUCCCGUUUUUUUUUUUUCCAAUUAUUUUGAAAACCCCUUGGAAAAUCAAAAAAUAACAUGCCUGACUUGUUUGGAUAUUUUAUACUAUAUUUCUUUAGAUUAUAAUAGUAUCUACAUAAAUACAUAUUAUGUUACACAGGAUAUUCAUUGAAUGUCCGGAAUUAACUAUUCAAUUGACGUACCCACAAACAUAAUGUAUAUUUUAUCUUAUUGAAAAACUUUUCAACAAAGGAAACUUGAAUUAUUUAAUAGUGAAUAUUAUUAACUAUAGGUAGGUAGGUACGUAUUUCCGGUGAACCGAACAGAUUUUAAAACACUCACGGUUUUAUAAGAUAAUUCGAAACGUAUUUUAAAUAAAAAUGUAUUUAUUUUCUAUUUAAUUUGUAUAGGAUUGGAAAUACUCGUAAUACUAUGAUCCUCUAAAAUUCCUGACUCAAAUUAAAUAGACGCAGCAGUUCUCAAAAAAACUCAAGCGUUCCAGUCUUGUAUAUUAUGGUGCUAUACGCCCGUGGAGGACAUUUGGGACGAUUAAAAUUCCAUCGACAAUAAAGAAAUGGAUAGGUCAAUUCUAUAAGAAUUUUAUGUUUGGUGAUGUUCCCGGAGGGGCAAUAUAAGGGGAGAAAAACUAAAGCGAUUUAACAGUUAUCCCCGUAGAUAAAAACCUAUAAAAGAAAAAAACAUAGAUACCUACCUACCUAUAAUGAAUAUAAUGAAAUGGCCAAUUUUAGGACACUAAUAAGGUAAGGAUAGUCUAUCCGAUUUGAAUAUACAAGAUUAUAAUACCUAUGUCGGUAUAUCUUAGUCCGUAGUCUAAAAUAUAAUGGUUAGAGUAUGGAUACUGGAGUAUCCACCUAGGUACCUACUUCAUUUUAGUGAUUUUUGUUAAUAUACUCAUAAUAUAAUGAACUGUAUAUUUCAUCAUCAAAUGACCAAUUUAAUAAAUAUACCUACUUGUGUAGUGUUAAUAUGUGAUGGAAUAUAAUAUGAUCCUAACGAGGAGAACGUAACAAAUAUUAAAACGUUCUAUAAAUAUUUUAGAUUCCGAGCAUAGCGAGGGAGCUAUUGGUUUUACAAUGCUGUUUAUUUCUUUCUUUUUUUUCUUUUAGUCUGUGGACACGUUUUUCCUAGUAAACUUGCUCCGAUUUAUAAAUGUAGCACCUUUUCUUCCGAAAGUAAAUUUUAUCUACUUGGUAAAUACAUAGGUCAUUUUUUUUGAUUUUUAAAACGGUAUUUAUAAUAAAAACGUUUAACCGAGAAAAAAAUACGAUUUUUUCACGAUUUCGUUAUUUUAAAUAAAUACCUACCACGUUUCCUAGCACAUAUAUGUAUAUACAGUUUUUAUUUUUGAAUUAGUUAUCAUAAUAAUCGGGAAAAAAAAAUAGGAAAAACGUACAAUUUCAUGAUAUCAUUAUUUUACAUUAAUACGAAAAACAUUUAUUAUAAGUGCUUUAAUCGAAAAAUGACAAGAAACCUUUUUUAUUUCAUAAUAAUUCGGAAAAACCAGACAAAAUGCUCACAUACGUAAUCAAAUUUAAACGAAAAUCGCAAAAAAAAAUACGUUCGGAAUCGUCUUUCGUCAGCAAUGGUUUAUCGUAGCUUGCAGAUAUAAAUGAAAUAACCUUAUGUAUCCUACCUUCCCAACUUCUCACCUACAACAGUGACCGCUCCCAUUUUCAGUAUCAGCUCUUUUUUUUUAUUUAAUAAUAAUAUAAUAUUAUAUACUGCUUAUUUAAAAAAAAUUCAACUAUUCAAAUAAAUCUAAACCAAGCAAAUUUAAUAUUCUACUAUUAUAUAAGUACCCAUUGUGUAUUUGUGUGUAAUAGAUAAUUUAAAUAACCGAACUGGGGUAAAUUAAUAACAUACGCGGUGUGAUUUGUUUGUCUGGUUACAGGAACUCGAAUCGCCGCCGAAAUACGAAGACGUAGUGGAAAGCGCCCCGAGAUAUUCUUCCCUGUUUGUUUUCAAUAACGACGGCGAAAUGGCGUUGCUAUCUGAAAUCGUGCACACGGAAAAAGAUGACGUUCAAAAACAACUUGUCUGAACCAUACCAACCAUCUACCUACUAAUACAUAAUAAUACCUAUACCUAUUGUCGGGAAAUAAUAAUUUUUGUUGUUUCGCCGACGGAUUUUGUUUCGAUUUGUUGUAACCGUGGCUAUAUGUAUAAUAAAAAAAAAAAUAAUAAUAUUCAGAAUAGUCUUCAAAAUCAUAUUGAAAAUCCCGAGAUGGAUGUAUAAUAUUAACAAUAUUAAUAUAAUAUAACUGCGAGAUAUUUCGUUUCUAGCAAAAUAUUGUACUCAAUCGUCCUACUAUAACAGUUACUACCCGUAUUAUGUAAAUAUUAAUAAUAAAUAGGUAAGAGUACUUACCAUCUGUACAAUAUUGUAAUAAUUAUUUUUAUUUUAUUUAAAUUUGUUGAUCGAAAAUGAAAUAUAAUAUAAAUAUUUAUAUUUGUUAUGAAAAUAAAUAUUGUACAUUUAUGCCAUGUAUGCUCCAAUCUCGAUAAUUCAUUACAGUUUUUCUAUAUUGUUUACUAUACCAAUCUAUGUGGCUAUAUCUACUACCUAGGUACUAUUUUUUUCUUUCUUUUGGGACAAUACAAGUAUGACAGGUAUUUCAUUUAAUAUACAUUACCUAUACGGUUAUAUUAUUUGUACCUAUUUAAUAUUAGUUC